CUCGUUUCCUCCUUUUCUUGCGGAUUUCAUGGUAUUCGUUUCUGGAUCGACCUCCUCUCUGGCUUAAGGCUUUCUUAGCUCACUGUUCUGCCCGUCAUGCCUAUCCCCCUGAUCGUCCAGGGCGUCACCGAGGGAGUCUCCUCCAUCCCCUUCGCCUGGACGAUCCUGAAGCUCGUCCCGUGGGUAGUGGUGAUCGCGGCGCUGAAGUUCUACUUCGGGGGCGCAAGGAAUGCGUCGGAGCGAGUGAUGCACUCGAAGGUCGUGAUGAUUACAGGCGGAACAUCCGGCAUCGGCGCCCAAAUAACGCUCUCCCUCGCGCAACGCGGCGCGCAAAUCAUCCUGCUAACACAACACUCCCCCUCCGACAUUUUCCUAGUCGAAUACAUCGACGAUCUCCGACGCACGACAAACAACCAACUCAUCUACGCCGAACAAGUGGAUCUUUCCUCGCUGCACUCGAUCCGCACCUUCGCCACAAAAUGGAUCGACAACGUCACGCCGCGCCGCCUGGACAUGGUCAUCCUGUGCGCGAGCAGCACACCCCCCGCCCACAAGAAGCGUCUCACGGUCGACGGCCUCGACGAGGAGUGGCAGGUCAAUUACCUCGCGAACUUCCACCUGCUGAGUAUUCUUAGCCCGGCGCUGCGGGCGCAGCCGGCGCAUCGCGAUGUGAGGGUUAUAUUUGCGGCGUGUUCGUCGAGUUUUAUCCGCGCGGGCGGCUUUGAUUUACGCAGGGCGACGACGACAACUACGCCUAAAAACAAGAAGGAUGAAAGCCUCUUCGGACUCAGCAAGCUCGCACUCAUGGUCUUCGCGCAUUCGUUUCAGAAACACCUGAACGCGUUCAAGCGCCCCGACGGCCAGCCGCCCCCUACGCGGGUGAUCAUGGUGGAUCCCGGGUUCACGCGCACGCCGGGCAUGCGGCGGUGGAUGACGGGCGGCUCGCUGUGGGGCCUGCUGGUCUAUCUGCUCACCUGGCCGGUGUGGUGGCUGACGCUCAAGUCGCCGCAGCAGGGGGCGCAGAGUUUCCUGUAUGCGGCCAUGGAGGCGCGGUACGGCCGCGACGAGGGCGGGUGGAUGAUCAAGGAAUGCGGCGAGGUCGAUGUCGCGCGGAAGGAAAUCCGCGAUGAGGCGGCCGGGAAGCUGCUGUGGGAGUUUAGCGAGAAGAUGAUCGAGGUCAAGGAGAAGGAGGGUGCGGUGCAGCGCGCGAUGGCGAAGAAGGAGGCUGAACAGGUCGAGAAGGCGGGGCCGAAAACUCAGACGCCCGGGUCGAGGAGGAGUCGCAAGGGGAAUGGCAAUGGGAAUGCAAAUGCUGAUGCCAAAUGAGUGUAAUAUGGGUAGGCCAGGAAGCUGAAAGAAAAGGGGGGUCUGGGGGUUCUCCCCCAGAACGUUCAUACCUGGUUC